CUUUCCUUGCCGUUGGAGCUACUCUGCUGCUAUAUAUAGGCAUAUAGCGGCAACACGAGCCAUAUCGAGCAUCCCACAUCCAGAUCACAACACCAAGCAUAGCUCAACACUGCCACCGCUGCUGCUGCUGCUUACAGCUUCUCAUCAUACGAAAAUGGAGAAUACUACAACAUCGCACUCUUCCUGCAUCAGCCAGCGAGCAGCAGAAGAAGAAGCCACUGCUUCCAUGUCGGCCGGCGAGAGCAGCUGGGCGAUGCACUUUGCGGGCUUCCUGGCAUCAUCGUCGGCGCCGCACAGCAACCAGGAGCAGGUGGACCGUCAGGGAGGAGCCCUCUCUGACAGUAGCUUCUCCUCUGGCUUCUCUUCCUCCUUUGAUUCCUUGGGAGACGAAGAUGAUGACGACUCCUUCAUCACGUCGGACCUGAUGUGCGAGGACGACGAUGACGAUUCUUUGCAGGACACCGCUUGCUCUUCCGCCGCUGGCCCUAAGGUUAUAACUAGCAUGAAUGAUAUGUACAUGAAGUCAAUGGUGACUAUGGGUACAAAAGAGAUAAACAACGCCCAGCUGGCCAAGUAUUUCCUCGAUGCGAGUUCGCGGCAGCAGGCGACAGGUGCGGUUCAAGGAGUAGAUGCAGAUUGCAACACGAAGCAACCAUAUGAUUGUAAUGAUCUGAGGAAGAAAGGGCUUUGCUUGGUCCCUCUCUCCAUGUUGAUAGAUUACCUCGGAUGAUUACUGUUCAUGUAUUCUCAGAGCUCGGUUCAAUUAUAUAUAAUGAUAGUUCGUUGAACAUCA